GUUGCUCAUGAAAAUUGCUUGGGCUACUCUGGCUGACUUGCCAGCAAAUUGUACAUUAAUCAUAAUAGAUACUUCUUCCGAAUUUCGCGUGAUCAAGUUAGUGUGACCCAUAUGGUUGGGUAAUAUAUUUAAGUGUUUUUGCUUGCUUAUUUCUUGAAACAAAUAGUCUAAUUGAAGGGUUAGGGUUGCAAGGUACUUCACAAUUGAUUGAUUUACAGAAGAUUGAUUAUUCAAAGGAUUUUGAAAAUUACAGUAUUCUGAGCCUAUAGUUGUUGGGCAAACUAGUGCUUUAAAAAUCUGACUGAACAUGUUGCGUCGUAAAAGAAGGUGUCCAAACCACCAUAGCUAAAAUAUUUUUGCAGGGACCUGGUUGAGUAAUAGGGUGCCGUGCACACCUGGGGAACGACCCGAAAUGACCCGUCCCCUGAAAGUCCAUAUUUGUGUGCCUCACUGCCUCCCUUAACGAGUCGCACAAAUUCAAAACUCAGUUGAAAGUUCACUACUCUGAACUAUGAGCGCGAUAACUUCUCAUAAAUGUUACAAUUCAAAAAGAACAUCGUUGAUUAGCUACUAAGCGGACCGAUUUCGACUCAUUCCUGAAAUGUCAAUUUAUAAUUAUUAGCAAGCAUUGUGUUGCCAAUAAUGAAUAGGCCCCAUUGCAGUGAAUGUUAUAGAAUGUAGAACAAAUGAUUUGGUGUUCAUAGCCAGGGAGGCAGAGCCUCAUUUUCUGUAGCGCCCUAAUUUUUAAAGUAAAGAAAAUAAUAAUUAUUAUAACAAUAUUAAUAAUAAAAUAAACUUUAAAUGAAAAGAAAAAAAUGGCAGUUUGCCCACCAGAUUGUGCUUACUGGAACUGCGUGCACAUAGUGGUUUUAAAUUUCACGUGACUUCACUGCAUACAAAUUCGUUACUUUACUGCGCCAUCUGUUGCCGACUUGUUGUAGCAACUCUGAUAAUUAUGUCCACAACACAGCAGCACAACCUCGGUGCCUAGCCGCAAAAACGCGACGUCCUACAUUUGCUCGCUUGGUCGUCAUUCCUUUGAAGAAACACUCUGAAAUGGACCGCCUACAUUUAUUCGUCAGAAGCGCUAUUCCGCCUUCGCUUUCUCCUGGGAUCCGUACAUCUACUCCAGCCAGGCACAAUUUUUUCAAGCAUGCCGCCUCAGCCAAAGAAGAUUGGGACGACGUUGUGGUGACCAAGGAGAACACGCCGGUCACCUUGGCUUGCUCCGACCGGCUGCUCAAGGGCUCCGUGAAGCUGGAGUGGCAGUGGAAGCCCGACGGCCAGGACAAGUGGAGCCUGGUCCUGUCGGCCAAUCAAAGGCAGGAAUUCAGGGGCGGGGCGUCGAAGGCGGACAUGCGUCUGGCGGACCCGCACUUCCAGACGUCGGGAGACUUCUCGCUCCGCUUCAGGCCGCGCGCCAGCGACGGCGGCCGCUACCGCUGCCUGGUGGACCUGGGAGAGAAGAAGGAGAGGGAGAGGGUCACGCUGCUGGCCAUCCUCAGAGUGGCGGUCGGCCCCGCCCUGCCCGUCCCGGCGGACGGCACCCUGCGCCUGGUCACGGAGGUGUCCCCCUCCGAGGCGGUCUCCGAAGUGGCCUGGUUCUCCCCCCGGGACCUCCCCCUGCGCUCCGAGACUUUGCCCUCGGGGGCGGUGGUCUGCAAGCUGCCCCACUUCGGCCGGGCCGACCAGGGCAACUACACCUGCCAGGUCCGGCCCCGGGCCGGCGCCAGGCGGCACCACUUCCUGUUCACCUACGCGAUUGCGGCUGACGUUUCCAAGGCAGCAAAUUUCACAAGCUUGACUAAUGGCACUGCGGUCUCCACAGCCUGCCUCUCUCGAACCCCGGUCCCCCUCUCGUGCACCGCCGUCCCCGGCGACUACGUUCUCCUGUACUGGCAGCGCCCCGACCGCAGAGACAUGGACCGCGUCUUCGCCUACGACCGCUGGAGGCGCGACCGCACCGACCGCACCGUCCGCACCGUCCGCACACCGUCCCGCCUGCGCCUGGCCAACCCCGCCGCGGCCAAGUCCGGAAUCUUCUCCUUCGUGCUGGAGCCGGAGCUCCAGGAGGGGGGCGUGUACCUCUGCGAGGUCUUCCUGAACGACCACGUCUUCAGCCACGCGACCAGGAUCAGCGUUCUGAGAGUCUACGCACAGUCCACGCCCUCCAUGCUGCGUGUGCCGUACCGGAGCGUCCGUCAGGUGUCCUGGGCCCACCAGAACCAGAGCUACAGGUGCCUGAGCUCCGCGCGGCGCCCGCAGAGGCCGCUGCCGCUCCGGCCCGGCGCGGCCGGGAACUACACCUGCGCCCUGGAGCUGAGGACCGGGAAGGUGAUCAGAGCAGUGUACACCGUCACACCGCCUCCUGCUGUAAACCCCAGUCUCUCCUCUCCCGUCAUCCUGUUCCCUCUCUCCGGUUUGGGGCUCCUGGUGCCCUUGGUCGCCGUGGCCCUUGGUGUGUUGCUAUGGAAACGAGGACAUCGUAUCACUCGCCCCCGUGCGGAGCAGUCUCUGUCCCACCACUCUGGAGAAGUAGAGAAUGUGUAUGAAAACCCUGAAGACCUGAGACAGACACCUGGCCAGAGUUCAGUGUAUAUGGACCUGAAGCCGACCAAUGACGACGAUGUCUAUAAGGAGUUGGAUCGAUAUGAACAGUGCCCUUGCUGACCGGCUGAGCUGUCCCCGACCGCUUGAAAGAUAUAAUUCCUUUCCAGUAUAGCUUUCUGUAAAAUACGUUUCUUAUGCAUUAACAUUUUGUUUGCUUGUUUAUUUAAUUACUAUCGAGGAUAAACUACCACAAACCUAUAUUUGGUCUGUAUUUUGGGAAUGUAUAACAUUACAUCUGAUUAAAAGUAUUUUAAGUCAGUCUGUGACCUGUAAAUAUUUUGUCUCUGAUUGGUGUGUUUUGUCUCUGAUUGGCGUGUUUUGACAUAGCCAAGUUUUUGGUGGCCCAUUAUGAAUUAGUCUUGUUCUAUUCGAUAGGUGAUUGAGACAAUCUGCCUUAUAUGAUCAAUCACCUGGGGGUUCGACUAGCCUUCACCGGGGGGAGAUGGAAAAUACUUGGGAGCCUAGCAGGUUGGCUAGCAUGUGGCAGGGUGAAAAUAAAGCAUUUCAUGACGACA